AUGCCGGACCUGAGCAAGCACAUUACCUUCGAGGACGGGCCCGACGGCCACGACCUCCAUGACGGCCAGUCAAGCGCCAGCGACGAAGACCACAAUGCAGUCGAAGUCGUCUUUGAUCCGUCCAACCCCUACCGCCGCAAGAGCUCCCUCGUUAGUUCCGAGGCCGUGCCACCACGGCUGCGAAAGAACCUGCCGCCGGCGUCAUCCACUGACAAGGCGCAGUGCAUCGUGCACCACCUGAUCGAGGCCCAGCGGGAUGUGGGCAACAGUGGCAACAGUGGCGGCGGCGGCAGGCACCACAUAUCGCUACCGCAUCUGCACAAACAUCCACACCGCGCAUUCAACACCCACGACCAGAGGGACGUCAUCGACGACGUGGACGAGGAAGACUAUGCUGACGAAGAGCCGCAUCAGAGGGCCAAGAAUGGCGGCGUGCACCAUAGCAUCGAUGUGUCCAAGUCAGUAGCUGCCACAACAGGAACGGCCGCUGUCCCAGCAAGCGACCCGAGCGGGCACGGCGUGUUUGAUGCCUCGGCUGAGCGGGGACUGGACCGGGUGGUUGAGCCCAAGGGCAGCGGUGGAGGACAUGGCGGCGUGGACGGCAUCAGCAGCAGCAACAACAGCAGCCGCGACGACAUUGAGGCCCUCGAGCACCCACUGCCCCGAGGUCGCCGGCAUACAAUUGUCGAGCCUGUGACCAGCGACAGCGAAGCCGGCCAGGUCGACGAGCACGAGUGGGCGAGCGGCAUCACGCACCUGCCCCUGGACACGGCCGACGCGAUGGAUGACACAGACCGCGAGCCGCCACGACAGCAGCAGCAGCAGCAGCAGCAACGGACACAGACACCGACACCAAAGCCGCAGCAGACGCCCACAUCCGCGCCCCGCCUCGUAACCAAAAACACCCAAAAGUCACAAAACCGCCUUCUGACCAAGAAGCAGCUGAGCGAGAUGGCCUGGGGCGUGCGCGAGCUGAGUCGGCGCCUGGGUAGCCUGCGCCUGCGGUUCCGGGUCAAGACCAUUUUCCUGUUGACCAAGAUUUACGACGAAGACCUGCUGCCCAAGACACGCGACCUGACCCUUUGGUUGAUGUCACCGGAGCGCGAGAUCCGCUACACCGUGUACGUGGAGCGGUCCCUGCGGGGCAACAAGCUCUUUGACGUGCCCGGUUUGCUGCGAGAGGUGCACGGCCUGUACGUGGCAGCCGCUGGCGAGGGCGGUGCGGCAGCAGCAGCGGCAGCCGGCAACGGACCCGACGACAUUGCACGGAGGCUGCGCUUCUGGGACGAGGGCAUGUGCCGCGUGCGCCCGCACACCUUUGACUUUGUCAUCACGCUGGGCGGCGACGGCACGGUGCUGUACGCGAGCUGGCUGUUCCAGCGCAUCGUGCCGCCCGUGCUGAGCUUCUCGCUCGGCAGCCUCGGGUUCCUCACCAAGUUUGACUUUGAAGACUACCAGAGCACGCUGACGCGGGCCUUUGCGCAGGGCGUGAUCGUCGGCCUGCGGCUGCGCUUCGAGGCCACCAUUAUGCGCAGCAGCCCGCUUGGGCCCAGCGCGCACCCCGGACGAAUCGCGGGCGGGAAUUUGUCUGGGGAGAGCGCCAAGGCGCUGGGCGAGGAGCGCUCCUCGCCGCCGGGUGAGCCCGACGCGGCUGCUACGAGUGGGGACGAUGAAGCGCAGCGCCGCCAGCGGCGGCGCGACCUGGUCGAGGAGCUCAUUGGCGAGGAGAAGGACGACGAGCACACGCACCGUCCGGACGGCACCUACGAGAUCCUAAACGAAAUCGUCGUCGACCGCGGGCCCAACCCGACCAUGUCCUACACGGAAAUCUUUGGCGACGACGAGCACUUCACCUCCGUGCUCGCCGACGGCAUCUGCGUGUCCACGCCGACCGGAUCGACCGCCUACAACCUGGCGGCCGGCGGCUCGCUGUGCCACCCCGAGAACCCCGUGAUGCUCGUCACGUCCAUUUGCGCGCACACGCUGUCGUUCCGCCCCAUUAUCCUGCCGGACACGAUUGUGCUGCGCGUGGGCGUGCCGUACGACGCGCGCACCAGCUCGUGGGCCAGCUUCGACGGCCGCGAGCGCGUCGAGAUGAAGCCGGGCGACUAUGUCACCAUCAGCGCCAGCCGGUUCCCCUUUGCGUCGGUGCAGGCGCCCGGGCGGCGCAGCGAGGACUGGGUCAACAGCAUCAGCGGGAAGCUGGGCUGGAACACGCGGCAAAAGCAAAAGGCCUACAAGGAGUGGGACAAAUGA